GCAAAUUCGCCUUGUGUUUUGAAAAGGCAGUGGCCUUUGGGAUCUCUUCUGAAAAGGCCUUCUUGUGCAUAAUCUGAUUAGCAGGGCAGUACAGUUAAUCCCACCAGCCUAGUGGCAGAUGGGGAGCCAUGGAGUUGGUCUGUGUCUGUAGAAGGGGCAGUCAUGCCUGUGUUUUACACACCUAUACCACAGAACCUGCGUCUGGGUCUGGCCUAUGUAAGUGGUUCUGUCUUCACACACAACAGAACACAGGACAGUGGAGAUGGACAGACUUGUGCGGCAGCACAUGAAAUAGUGUCACACCUACCCCUACAGAUGUUGCUGUAUUUCAAUGUCUUCUAUUUUCCUGUCUGGUGGGUGUCUGAAGUACUUAUGCUGGAGUUAAAGUUCUAUUUGUUGCCUAGCUACUACCAGUUUCUCCUGGUGACAGGGAUGGUCCUAUUCACAGUGUCCGAGUGCUUGCGGCUCUAUCUGGGAUAUGUAGGAAACCUGAAGGAAAAGGUGCCAGAACUGGCAAGUUUCUGGCUCCUUUCCUUCCUGUUUCAGCUCCCCAUUGUGCUCUUCUUCCUGCUGGAUGAAGGGAUUAUUAUCCUCCCUUUGGAAAGAGCUGUGCACAUCGUCUACCUCCUCUUCAUCCUUGGCGAGGUCCUGACUGCCUUCCUGGCGCUCAAAGUCAUGACCCGAAAACUCACCCUGCAAUUCCAUCUCAGGCAGUUCAGCGACUUGGAAGCCAGCCAGCAGAUAUGAAUGAAAUCCUCACAAUUCCUUCUGGAAGCAGGAUGAUGCUUAUUGCCUUGAUGAAAGACUUUCAUGUUUAAUGGGCCUUAUCCUUUUGCUAGGUGUACUGCACUACCCUCGCAAAUUAAAUAAUUCAGUUGUCCUGUACUUCCACUGAGCUGGAUCAAUGUAAUGGUAUGUAGUAGUGCUGUAAGUUAAUGCAUGCAGUUAAGUACUUAACUGUUCCUGCAUGUUAAAAAUAACACUAAUAAGCUUAAUUCUCAAAUAUUUUAAUUGCCCCAUUAUGAAAUCAAAUUUCCCAGAUAACACUGUAACUGACUUACAGUCAAAAAAAGGAACGAAAUCUUAACAGCUUUCUUUAGCUAUUGUUCAUUUUAACAUUUUAAACUGCUCAAGUUGUACUUAAUGCAUACAUCUAAUAAAAUUAGGCUGUUGGCUGCUUA